CUGUCUACAACCGAUAUCACCGAUGAGCCACCGAUAGGCAACCGAUCAACUAAUACUUACCACCGAUAGAAUAAAGAUGAAAAUCAAAAUGCGGGAUUUCGUCGGUUUUGAUCGGUGGUUAAUAGGGAUUCAAUCUGUGAUCGAUCGAUUGCCGCCAUCGUGUCAUCGGUGGGUUUAAUUUGUAAAUGGCCAAUCGGUAUUUAUACGUACUCAUCGGCUGUUGAUCGGUUGCCAGACGCUUUUGAUCGGUGACCAGUCAGAUUUUGUGAGUGACUAAUCGGUGGCUAGUCGGAGACAGAACGGCGUUCGAUUGGUGAUGUCGGGUGUUGCUCGGUAUUAUAUAGGCCGUCGCCAGUAGUUUUGCUCCAGUUUCUGCAGUAGUUUAAUCCGCGCCACAUUGGACUUAACUUCUCUGACAAUGCCUGCAAAAAAGAAAUUUAAGAAAUCCGACAAAUGCAAGACCCCCAUGACUGCCUCUGAUGAGGUCCCACAGAUCACAAAAAGAUCCAUCGUCAGGGGAAGUGCUUGUUGCCACGGUGCCAGUGGUACAGUUGGUGCUAAAGACGGAAGCGGUAGUGGCGGAUCCAAGCAGCAGCAUUCCCCAGAGAACUGCUCAGUGGAUGUCCUUGAACCUCGUAACGUCUCUCCUAUGAUGAGUGGGAAUGAUUCUACAGUAGUCGGCAAAGAAUCCUGUGAUUCUGUUCAUGACGAUGCCUCUGAUGUUCAUGACAGUACGGAUGGUGGAGAGACACAGGAAGACGUCACUCAGAACACCAAACCCAAGUCAAAGACCAAGAAGCCCAGAAAUCGCAUAGUUAUCAUCUCCGAGGAAGAUCAGGACAAGAUUCGUGAGUUCUUGUUAGCCAAUGACUUCCUGUACGACAAACACAGAGACCAAUGGAGGGAUACACAAUCCAGGGAGAGGAAGUGGGAGGAGCUGAGCGAACUUAUAGGCCGUGAUGCCAAGGAUAUCAAACAGUGGUAUCAGUCCACAAGGUCCAAGCUGAGUGAAAUCAAGAACAAGAAGGUCACUCCAUCUGGGAGUGGUUUUGAAGUAGAAGGAGUCACUGACAAGGCCAGGAGACUGUGGGAACGUUUCCAGUUUCUGCUUCCGCACAUAGGUGCAGUGAAAUCCCGAACUGUUUGCAGCAUUAAGCAGAAAAGAGCAGCCAGACUUCACGUCCAACUUCCUGACCUUGAUGACGAGGGCCAGACUAACCGAGUUGUCCCCACACAAGAAGCCGAAGAGGACGUCUCUGCAGCUGAUGCUUCGUUAGAGCGACCAAAUAGUACUCCUCCUAUCUCUGCGUCUUCAGACCCUGCCACAUGCACGCGACCUCCACUUGUGCGUGACCCCAAGAGAGCCAAGGUAGUCGAUACAGCGCCUGAUGAGGGUAUCCAGGCUCUUGUCCGUUGUAGUCAGCAGCUAAUGGUGGUAGGAGACAAUUUGGCAAGGUACCUCCGACCAGAGAGUACCGCCCAGGAGCGUCAGAGGCAAAACUUUGCCGACAUGAGUGCGAACAUUCUUAGACAGCUGCCUGAGGACCUGUAUAUGGAGGCAUCAAACCGCAUUUGGACUGUUCUGCAAGAUGUCCAGCGAAAUGCCCAUGCACGCAGUGACACUCAAGCUCCGCCCCAACCUCAAGCUCCAGUUACAGGCAGACCCAUGUCAUACCAGCAACCACAGUGGCAGCCUGAUCCCUCACAGUGA